AUGGAUUUCAUGAUCAAAACGUCUGGCCUGAAUUCGUAUGCGCAUACCUAUCUGAUGGCGUCUGGCAAGAUGCUUGUGCAGGCUAACUACUCGACCACUCUCUGGGAUCAUGAGAAGAACACCGAGACCGACCUCCCCGAUAUGCCAGGGCAGGUUGUGCGUGUCUACCCUGCUUCUGGUGCCGUUGCUAUGCUUCCCAUGACCCCGGACAACAACUACAGCCAGACCGUCCUGUUCUGCGGAGGCUCGGACAUGCCGGACGAGAGCUGGGGUAACUACUCUUGGCCGUUCAUCAAUACCUGGGAGUAUCCGGCGUCGAAGGACUGCCAGCGCUUGGAGCCGGAACCUCAGGAUGGCUCUGACCCCCAAUACGAGCAGGACGAGGAUAUGUUGGAAGGCCGCACGAUGGGUCAGUUCAUCAUCCUGCCCACCGGCAAGCUCCUGGUCGUGAACGGCGGUGUCAACGGCACGGCUGGAUACUCGACGAUGACGGGUGAGACCCCGACUUACGCCCAGAUGCCCUUCGGCAUGUCCCUUGCCUCCGGCCCCGCUGGCACGCCCGCUAUCUACGACCCCGAUGCGCCCAAGGGCAGCCGCUGGUCGAACGCAGGCUUCCAGACCUCGAAUAUCGCUCGUUUGUACCACUCCUCGGCCAUCCUCCUGCCUGAUGGCUCCGUUAUGAUCGCCGGGUCCAACCCGAACGUCGACGUCAACCUCACCACCUACUACCCGACCGAGUACAGGGCCGAGUACUUCUACCCUGACUACUUCUCUGCCACGACGCGUCCCGAGCCCAGCGGUGUCCCGACCAGCCUGUCGUACGGCGGCGACUACUUCGACUUGAAGAUCCCCGCCAGCUCGUACUCGGGCUCUGCGAACGAUGCCGCGGACAACACGAAGGUCGCGCUCGUCCGCCCCGGAUGGACCACGCACGCCAUGAACAUGGGCCAGCGCUACCUCCAGCUCAACAACACGUACACCGUUGAGGACGACGGCUCGAUCACCCUGCACGUCUCGCAGCUCCCGCCAAACCCGAACCUCUUCCAGCCUGGCCCGACGCUGUUCUUCGUCGUCGUGAAUGGCAUUCCCAGCAACGGCACGAUGGUCAUCGUUGGCUCCGGCAAGAUUGAGCAGCAGGCUACGGCCGACAACGCCGCGCUGCCCGACAAGAAGCGCCUCGACUCCGCGAGCGGCACCGCCGAUGGCUCAACGACGGGCGACAGCAACAGCUCAAGCUCGAGCGGUGGCACGUCGACCGGCGCCAUCGUGGGCGGUGUCAUCGCUGGCAUCGCCGUGUUGGGCAUCCUCGGUGCGGUCAUUGGCAUCUGCGUCUCCCGCCGCCGCCGCGCAGCCGCGCGUCAGCCACCCCAGACGGGCUACCCGAUGACGAUGACGCCGAACGCGGGCGGCGCGCGCGGGGCCGCGAUGCGCAACUCCGACUCGAGCGCGUUCAUGCCGCUGCAGCACGACAACCAGAGCGCGGCGUGGACGGCGAGCCAGGACAAUUUGGCCGGCCCGUACCGGGACCAUAACGACUACUAUGGCCGGGAGAGUGGGAACGGGAUGAGCAUGGACUUCGACCCGUACUCGAGCCAGGCGCGCUUGAGCACGAGCUCGCCGCGGCCGGGGCAGCAGCGGCAGGUGUACUAA